AUGCCCCGAUUCCAAUCUCUGGUGCCGCUGCUGCGGCCAUUGGCUGCCCCAAGAGCAGUCGCAUGCCGACAGCACUUCCGCUUCUACACGGCCUCUUCCGAACACCCAUCCACGCCCCAGGAAGCCCAGCGAGCCGCCGACCUCGCUGCCGCCGAGUCGCUGACCGAAGGCGACAGCGCGCAGCCGCCCCAACAGAAGCCCGUACUGCCCUCGAAGCAUCCACGAGCCGACAACAAGCCAAGAAACAGCAAGAAGCCAAAGACAUCGUCACAAGCACUGAACCUGUCUCUGCCACCGCCCAAGUACGCAGUCUCGAGAUCAGUCAACAAGAAUCUGCCCAUCUACACCGACUACAAGCGAGGAGGCAACUUGCACUUGACAACGGUACGCAAGAUCACAGGAGACGUAUCAGCGCUGAGGGACGAGCUGAGAGUCUUCUUGAACAAGAAGAACGAGGACGUCAAGAUCAACAGCGUAACACAACAUGUUGUUGUCAAGGGCCAUCAUACUAGCGAGAUUGCAGAAUUCUUGAAGGCCCGGGGCAUGUAA